AUGGAUGAAUACAAUUCAAGCAAAAUUAUAUUACAACAACAACUGUUAAUCUUACGAAGUGUAGCAUUGUUUGCUGUAACUUUAGCAAUAACUACAACAUUUGUUUGCAUCUUUUCAAUACCGUUAUUUUACAAUUAUUUGCAAUAUAUGCAUUCAAGCAUGCAAAAUGAAGUUGAUUUUUGCAAGCAACGAAGUCGAAAUAUUUGGAAAGAAGUAUCGAAGACACAUAUUUUAGUUGGAGGACGAAGACACAAACGAUUGGCAAGUUUUGUUGGCACGAUUGAUAAUUAUUCUUUUCAAAAUCAACGAAUAUCAUCAAUGGAAAGAGUGAGAAACUUAUGCUGCGGAUGCGGUGUGUCACCACCGGGACCAAGAGGUCUACCAGGUCGGGAUGGAAAAGAUGGCCUGGAUGGAUUACCAGGACGACCAGGUAUGGAUGGACAAGAUGCUCCGCUGCCACUGAAACAACCAGAUCAUUUCUGUUUUGAAUGCGAAAAAAGUAAACCUGGUAGUCCGGGACACCCAGGUCGGAAAGGACCAACCGGUAUGCCGGGCUUGCCAGGCUGUGAUGGAUAUCCAGGCUCACCUGGACAACCUGGCGAGCAAGGGCCAAGGGGACCACCUGGUUCUCCUGGAAAAUCAGGUCCUCCUGGACAUCCUGGAAUUCCCGGGAUUGUUGUGGAAAUACCUAUGCCUGAAGGACCGCAAGGACAACCUGGCCGCAGAGGAGAACAAGGUGUACCAGGGCUUCCUGGUGAAAAUGGAUUACCAGGCAAGGAUGGAAUGGAAGGACCACCGGGUGAUCCGGGCUGCAGCGGGGUUCCCGGUGUAAUGGGGCCGACAGGUGAACCAGGUAUAAAAGGGCCACAGGGACCUACCGGGCUGUGUGACCAUUGUCCACCACCAAGAGUGGCUAUGGGAUAUUACAUAUAA